CCGCAUCAUCAUAAUAAUGUGAGUCAGCACCACAAUGCGAUUCAUUUAUCCUCGCAUGCACUUAAUAGUCAUAAUUUAAUAACAUCCGCUUCCAAUCAUUCACCUAAAUCACCUAAUCAACAUCAGCAUCAACAACAAUUAGCAACUACCACAACACAAACGCAACAAUUGCAGCAACAUCCCCAUGCACACUCCCACGGCCACAUAUUAUCCACAUUUGCGCCACCAUCGCAACAACAAACGACUGCAACAGUCGCAACAAAUUGUACAGCGGCAGCUGUUGCAGCAAUAACACAACAACAACAACAGCAACAUUUGCAGUUGCUCUCUUCCAAUAAUUCUAAUAACAAUUUAAUGUCGUCAUCAAUGAAUGCGGCACAUUUAGUUGGUCAAAAUACGCAUAACGCGCUCUCAUUGCAUGAAAGAGGCCUACCACCAAAAAAUCUAAGUGUCGCCAAUAGUGCGCUGCAUGGCAGCAAUAUGUUGCUACAUACAACAGUACAACAGCAUCAAUUGCAGCCAACAUCAUUGACUUCUUCACAACAACAGCAACAACAGACAAAUUCUGCUACAACGGGUAUGUCAACUUCUUUGCACAGUUUUGACAUAAAUGGAGGUAAUGGCACAUCGUGGGCGAAUACUGGCAGCUCAUCGCUGUCGCCAACUAGUGCAAUGGUGCCAACAAUACAACAGCAGCAGCAGCAACAGCAACAAAGGAAAUGCGAAGUCAAAUUGAAUGCAAUGCCUUGGUUUCAUGGUAGUAUUACACGCGACGAAGCAGAACACCUAUUGCAACCCCGUGACGAUGGUCUCUUCUUGGUUCGAGAAUCAACAAACUUCCCUGGUGAUUACACAUUAUGCGUCUGCUUUCAAGGCAAAGUGGAACAUUAUCGUGUAAAAUACUUAGAAAAUAAAUUAACCAUUGACGAUGAGGAAUACUUUGAAAAUUUAGGACAACUAGUGGCUCAUUACGAAGCUGAUGCUGAUGGUUUGUGCACACAACUCAUUAAGUGUUUACCAAAGAAAGGCAAACAAGAGUUCUGUAUAAAUUCUAAAGAUUUUGUGGACAAAGGUUGGGUUAUACCCGAAGCUGAUUUACAGUUGCGUGAAAGCAUUGGAAAAGGCGAGUUUGGUGAUGUAUUGCUAGGAAUAUUGCGCAAUGAGAAAGUUGCUGUAAAAAUGCUUAAGGAUGAAGGAGCUGUACAAAAGUUUUUAGCGGAAGCUUCUGUUAUGACCACUUUGGAACAUGAAAAUCUUGUAAAGUUUAUUGGUCUCGUAUUUACAAGUAAACAUCUUUAUUUAGUAACAGAGUACAUGAGCAAAGGAUCACUGGUUGAUUACUUAAGGUCGCGGGGACGGCAACAUAUAACGAAAAAAGAUCAAAUCAAUUUUGCCUAUGACACGGCUUCAGGCAUGGAAUAUUUAGAAGCCAAAAAAGUUGUACAUCGUGAUUUGGCAGCCCGUAAUGUUUUAAUUUCAGAGGAUUGUGUUGCUAAGGUGUCAGAUUUUGGCUUAGCACGCGAAGAAUGUUAUUAUAAUUUAGAUGUUGGUAAAUUACCAAUUAAGUGGACAGCACCCGAAGCUCUAAAAAAUGGCCGUUUCUCAAAUAAAUCAGAUAUGUGGAGUUUUGGAAUAUUGCUUUGGGAGAUUUAUUCAUUUGGUAGAGUUCCUUAUCCUAGAAUCCCUCUCUCUGAAGUUGUAAAGCAUGUUGAAGUUGGUUAUAAAAUGGAAGCACCAGAAGGUUGCCCACCUGAAAUAUACGAAAUGAUGCGUCAGUCUUGGGACUUAAAUCCUAUUAAGAGACCAACAUUUGCAGAAUUAAAAGUUAAAUUGUUACAUCUUAAAAAUGCAACUGCGUGAGAUAAUCCUUAUUAAUAAAAAAAAGCAAACAUAAGAAAAACCAUAUAUAAUAAAUAUAGUAAAUAAUAUUAAGAGAGGAGGAGGGCAACUUCUCAAUUAAACAUGUAAAAAUACAAAAAACAAUUAAUAUUUAAAUGAAUGUAAAACAAAACUUGUAUAAGUUAUUUAACGCAACAAUUUUAAUAAUUUAUUUAAACUAUUAACUUCAUACAUGUGUACGUGCAACAACAAUAUUACAAA